GACAACACCUGCUUCUUGCCUUCAUUCAAGUGACAGAAACGCCAGGGGCUACGGUUCUGGUAUAUUUAAUCACCCUCCUCUCUCCUUCUCUCUCGAUUUCUAUUCAGAUACCGUCCGUAGCUAAAGCGUCGAGACGCUCUUGCGAUCAGUCAGAAGCGCUCCUCUUGCACCGCGCUUGGCCCCAGAUCGCGCAGCUAUGUACAGGGUUAUGUUAGAGAGUGUUCUGACAAUCCUGCUGAUUCUUACACGGCCCGAUCUCGUUCUUGGAACGGACGAGGCCGAUUUACCGGAAAAUCACCACGAACGGGAUAAACUAACCAACCAGCAAAAAGCUCGCCUCUCGUUGCAGAAUACAGCUGAGAUUCAGCACUGCCUGGUGAACACUGGCGAUGUUGGCUGUGGAGUUUUUGAAUGUUUUGAAAACAACUCCUGCGAAAUCCAUGGACCACAUGACAUAUGUCUGGCAUUCCUACACAACGCUGGGAAAUUUGAUGCGCAGGGCAAAUCUUUUAUUAAAGAUACUCUGAAAUGCAUGGCUCAUGGACUGAGAGUAAAAUUCAGCUGCAUCAGCCGCAAGUGCUCCACGAUCCAGGACAUGGUGUCUCAGCUGCAGCAAGAGUGCUACCUUAAGCAUGACCUCUGUUCCACCGCCAAGGGGAACAUUAAUGUGGUUGUGGAGAUGAUUCACAUUCGGCAUUUGCUUUCAAAAGGAUCAUACCUGGAGUUUAUAAAGGCUCUGUUCCAUUGCCAUGAAGACAUUAUGGAAGCUGUAAAGAAAAGUGUGAGAUCCCGAUUUGGUCAGAGUCUUGCAUUUCUAAGGCAAAUUUUGCAAGAGGAUUCCUGCUCUUCCAUCAAACAGACUGAGCAAGUCACUCCAACAACUGCAGUUCCUGACAAAAAAAAGGGAGAAAACCGCAAGGGCCACAAGAGUAGUGCAGAUAUAAACUAUCUUGAGUAUGAUAGGGAGAAUGCCAGGAGCCCUAAAUCAGAAAAGGAAAAAAGUGGAAAAAUUCACCCGAAUGCCCAUUCACGUGCCCGAGUUGCUGGUCAGGCCUCACGGCGAAUAACUGAUGAAAAUGCUCACGUUGGUGAUUCCAUUGAGCUAUCAGACAUCAGAAGGUGAAAGCCCCUUAGUGAUAAGGACGUUCCAUGCAUCCAUUUCUUUAUUACGGACAUUCCAAUGCGCAUAUCCUAUAGUGGGUUAUGUGUUACAUACAAAAUAUUCUGGGAACUGUAGUUCGACUCAGCAGUCAGUUUCUCUACUUCACUUAUACUUACAAUAAAAGAACAUGACAAUUCCUAGAAUGCAGUGCAGCAUAUAUUCUUGUACUUGAAACUAAACAUUAUAUCAAUUGUCUCACUCAACAAAUCACCUCAGCAUGCAUGGAAGUUUCCUUUAUAACUUAAAACAAAAUCAGAACACCUUACUUCAGGACAAGAAUCUUUAUUAUUAGAUACUUCUUUGUAAAUUUUGUAAAAGGAAAAGCUUUUGCGAAGGUCUACAUGUUCAUCUACUGAUCACGUUUAUUCUAUUUUGUAAAUAUUUAACGUUACUAUUUAUUGUAGUUUCUGUAUCAACAAUGUACCUGUUGAUAAGGUAAAUUAAACUAUUUCCUGUGUUGUACAUAUUCAUACCACUAGUAAGUUUUCCUAUGCCAACAUAUUGUAAUUUUAUAUCAUUCUAUAAUUUUAUUGGUAGUCAUUAAUUCAUUAUUUAUUAAACACCUUAUUCAAGCCUAACAAAAACUAUUGAUAGUUUUAACUAGAAUAUCACUUAAAUCCUGUUGUAAUCUCUAAUUAUUUAGUGCAGUUAUCUUUUCUGUCUUAGAAGUAUGAUACUUUCAUAACAAUUAUUAAUAAAUUAGGAAAAAUAAAAUAUAUAUUCUGCAGCAUUAAGUGAAGUAUUUCUUACUGUCACUAGAGUUUUAUUGUAUGCUUAAAUGCACACAUCAAUUUAUUUUAAUAUGCACUGCAAAAUCAUCUUUUAAAAAUAUUCUACCCCUGACCACAAAUUUGUAGAGUUUCUGUUUAUUUUUUUUUGUUUAAUUGGUAUGGGCUAGUUAACAUUAAUCACCACAAUCUGUCAGAUGCUACAAGAUAGUUUCCUUCUCUCCUACCAUAAACGGGUCUAGAAAGAUAACCGAUUUUGAACAAUAAUGUCACCUGGAUGACUGCAACGGGUAACUAUCACAUCUACGUAUUAAUUUCAUAGAUAUAAGAACCACCCAAUAGGGCCAUUUUAGGAUUGUCCUUAUUUUUUGAUAGUGAUGUCCAUAGCAAAGACAGAGCAAGAGAUCGGCUCAACAGUAAAAUUGUUAGUUUUACAGUCAAAUGAUCAAUGGUCCCGAUUUUGAUACCAUCUAUUACAAUAUCUAGAUACUAAAUUCCUAAGAGUAACUUACAACACAAUGUUGUUUAAUCACAAAGAUGAAAUCCAUGUUAUCAGUUGCUAAUUGUUAAUGUCGUCAGAUUUCUGCAAGAAGUAAGCAACUCUGCUUUUGGCAUGUGUGUGGCUCCAGCAGACCUGUCCCAAAAGUUCUGAAAGGUAACUCAGUUUGCAUUGACCUUGCAUGGUUAUUUUAUGAGUUGUCCAAUUUACUUGACAUAUUCAAACGUAGAUCAGUAUAAAAUAUUAAUUUUAAAACUCAACACACAAAUAUAUAACUAUUUUAGAGUCCAUUUGCAGUGACAAAUUUUCUUUAUAAAAUUGUAACAUACCUUUGUACUUUUCAUACAUUAAAAUACAUAAACCCCAAAGUCGUCAAAAAAGGAACAACUUGAUCCACUCUCAUUUGAUUAGAGUGUAGCCUGCUACCUCACAAUAUUGCUUCAUUACUACGUAAGACACACCUGAAGAUAAAUCAUACAAUAUAAUCCUUAUUGUAAAAUGAAUAAACUAUUGUCCUCCAUUACAGUAUUAGCUCUUUCAUUUGAAGCUGUGAGAAUUGCUUUAUUGCUUUUUAGUCUUUGAUGCAUAUAUUUUGUUUAAUUUGGAAUGUUUCCUGCAUGCCUCUUUACACUUUUCCUGUUUAGUUUACUGCUGUUUAGUGAAAAAUGUAUUUGUGAACAAUAAAUUGUAAAGAGAAAACAAUAAAUGUAAAGUUGCAGUUGAAAGUUCUGCACUCAGCAAGUAAUAAAUAUACACACCACGUAU